CAGGGAUCGAACCUACACGUCAUCUCCUGCAUUGCGGUCCAUGCUCUACAGCCUGUACCAAAACGCCGAGGAGGAUUCUGAGAUCCGCAUCAAUGCCUACCUGGCCCUGAUGAGGUGCCCGGGAGAGGAGGUGUUUGCCCAGGUGCAGCGUACCCAGGCAGGAGAGCAGUCCACCCAGGUGGGCUCCUUUGUGUGGAGUCACCUCCUGCAGCUAUUGGAGACGGACGACCCCUUGAAACAGACCCUACGGGAGGCCAUCCCUGAAGAUAUUGUCAGCCAGGAGUUCCAUCCAGAGAUGUGGAAACACUCGUCCUACUCUGACAUCACCUUCCGCUCAGCAUCAGGCAGCCUGGGAGCCAACCUGGAGGGGACCCUUCUCUUCUCCCCAGCCUCCUUCCUCCCCCGUUCUGCCACAGCCAACCUGACCAUCCAUGCUCUUGGUCAUGCCUUCAACGUUCUGGAGCUGGGACUCCGACUGGAAAAUGCCGAGGAAAUGGCCCACAGGCUGUUUGGCCCGAAGUCAUUCUGGGGGCAGGAAGGGGUGAGACAAGCCCAGGCGGAGGAGCCCCAAGAGGCAGAGCCAGGACCCACACUGCCGCUGGCUGACCCCGCUUGUCCAGGAGAAAGGUCCAGAAAGAUGAGAGACUUGCAGCAGAAGGUGGCCCAGAGGCGCAGGGAGAGGCAGGCGCUGAAGUGUCAGCUGAGCAUGAAGGUGUUCGGGCAUGAGCUGAGCUUUGUGAACUGUGGGGCGAUGGGGAGCCACGUGACACGCCAGUCCCUGAACCUGGCUGAGCUUGCCAUCAAACUCCUGAAGGGCCAGGAGGUGCAGGUGAAGCGGAGGCUGAACCUAGCGAUGGAGGAGCUCACCUUUCCCACCAUGUCUGGCCUCCCAGCCCGCUUGACCCUCAACGUCUCGGCGGCCAUCAACAUCCGGGUCCGAGGGACAGCCGACUUCCAGCAGCGCUCAGAUUUCUCUGUGAAUGGUUAUGUCAAGCCCAGCGCCCUGCUCCAGAUCUCAGUGCAGAUGGGCACAGUGGGUGCCCUGGGGCAGGCCGGGCUGAGGUGGGUGACUGGUGUCCGCGGCACUGCCAGCCUGGAUGGUGGGAUCCAGGCGAGGAAGGGCCAAGACCUCAGGGUGCAUCUAAACACACCGGAAGAGGUUGUGGAGCUGCUCCGCUUCAGCUCUCAGCUGUAUCUCAUCACUGGGGAUGGCGUGAGGAGCCUCAGUCACGUUCCCAGCCCUUCCGAGGCCCAGUCCUGUACCAGCAAGGAAGCAUCCCACACCUGGGGCUGGCAGCUCUGCGCUGAGAUGUGCUGGCCAGCGCCCGACCAGCCCUACCUGCUCUGGCUGCCUGUCUUCACAGCCAUGACCCUGAAGAAGCAGGACCAGGGGCUCCAACAGUAUCUACUGGAAGCUGCCUACACCCUCCGCCCCCAGAAGGACUGCUGGCUCCCUCAGGAAGCCUCAGCUCACAUCUUCAUGGGCACGCCCGGAUCAGAAGUGCCCAGGGACGUCGGGGUGGACGUCAGCUACAGCUGGCCUCAGGGGAAGUUCCGUCUCAAGCUUCUCCAUCCCAAGAAGAGAAUCGAGUUGGAUGGAAAGAUUGAGACUGUCCAGAGGGCCCGCAUGGGUCACCUGGAGUUGAUCCUGGAUGAAAGGGACGUCUACUACAUCAAGGGCCGGAGCAACCUGUGGCCAGCAGUGGGCGGCGAGGCCCAGCGGUUUGAGGCCCAGCUGGAGGCGAGACUGGUGACAUCGGGCAGCCCUGUGGUCCUCACUGGAAACCUCAGCCAGCAGGCGGGCAGCCGGCUUGCCUUCUCUGUGUCACUGAGCAACCUGCUGGGUGAUGAGGCCCACGUGUCAGCGCUGCUGGAGAAGAAGGUGAAGGACGGGCUGCAGGUGGUGUCCCUGGGUGUUGAGCUCUCUGUGCCGGAGCUCGUGGGGCUGCGUGCUCUGGGCCAGCUGCAGCGGCGGGGCCACCUCUGGACCAGCUACCUGAAGAUCAAGUACGGCCUCCGGGGUCAGGCGAAGCAGCUGGCUCAGGAGUGCAGCACCAGCCAGAAGCUAUGGGCAGAGAGCAGCUCGGAGGCCGCCUACAAGCUGGAGCUGAACCACAAGCUCCACUGCACGCAGAUCCCAGCGUUCAGUCACAAGGUCCAGCUGCGGCACGAGGAGGUCUCAGGCCAUCUCCACUGGGAGCUGGAGGCGAGCUAUGGGAAGCACUGGGAUGACAUUCGCAACAGGAGGCGGCUCCGCAUCCUCCAGACCUUCCAGAAUGACUCGGGCCCAGCCCUGAGCAAUCACUUCCUGGAGUUUGUGCUGCAGGUGCUGGAGAGGCAGGUGGAUUACCGGAUGCAGCUGCACCACCUGAGCCUCCGCCACCCCCACGUGGAGACCAGCACACACCUGAAGGUGCAGUACAAUGGGCGGCUGCCCUUCGUGGCGGGCCUGCAGUGGAAGGACACGUCCCAGGCCGCCCUGUGGAGGUGGGAAGGAGCCUUGAACCUGAAUAGUCCCUGGCUGAUGGUCUCCACGGCUCACAGGCUGUAUUGGCCUAACCGAGCCACGUUCCAGGCUGUGUUGGAGCUGACGCUGGGCAAGGCCUGGACCCUCAAGAAUCUGGUGAUAAACGUGGCCUGCAGGGGCCGGGGCCUCCAGAGGGACGGCAAGAUCCACGUCUACACUCCAGCGACCACCUACCUCCGGGUUUCCACGGUGACAGCCUUGACACAGAGCCUCUUUAGCAGCCAGAGUGAAAUAGAAACAGCCUGGAGCGCAGCGGUGCAGAGCGAGAUUCAUGCUGAGAACAGCCGAGACCGUAAGAGCCUGCGCUGCUGGUUGAAGGGCCCCCAGCGGGAGCUGAACCUAACGGCCGCCUACAGGCACAUGGAGCAGCCACGGAAGAGUCAAGUAUCACUGACGGCUCUGGGGACCAGUGCCAGGGGCCAUCCUGAGGGCCUGCAGCUGGAGGGCACACUGGAGGAGCUGGUUCGAGACAGGAGCUUGUACCGGAAGCAGGGGACCUUCUCCCUUCGGCACCCCUGGACCGUGGCCCUCCCGCAGCGCAUCCUCCUGCAGGAGACCUUCACGGCCGACCGGCAGCACCAGCGUUACUCCCUGGAGACCAGGGUGGUCCUGGAUGCCCAGGAGGAGACCCUGCAGACCGUGGUCCUGGGCUACCAGGCCGGGCACCCCUAUGUCUGCGCGGGCCUGACCCACCCGUACGACAACAGGGCCAUCCCCAGGAGCUUGGACGGGUGCGUGGUUUCGUGGAAUCGGCACCUGGCUAAGAACAGAGGUGUUGAGGCCACUCUGAGAGUCAACCAGAAAGUCUUGCUGCACUUGAAGGCUUUGCACCACAAUAGAUCUCAGCACAGUGAAGUCUGGCAUAACCUGGCCCUGGACGUGACUCACUCCUUCCAGCUGAGGUUUCCCCAAGCCCUGAAUGUGGAUGGGGACAUUGUCUUCAGACAGAGGCACGAGGGAGCAUUUGACUGUGGUGUGGCUGCACGAGCUACCAUCAACCACAACAUCACGUCCCAGGUCUCAGUCCAGCUGAAUGGAUCUGACUCCCACUCGGUGGUUUCCUUCCAGCUCAGACAUCCCCGUGGACCCACAUUUCCUCCAGACUUACAGGUGCAGGCGGCUGUCCGGCGGUACAGAGAGCGCAGCCUCAACAGCUCCCUGUCUGUGCACGUGUCUGGUGAGGAGCUGAUUCUGCUGGAGGCCAGUGCAAGCCAGGACAGCCGGAGGAACACCCGGGGCUGGGGUGUGAGCGUCCUCCUACACCAGGAGGUCCUCAGAGCCCCCAGGGCUGUUCAGCUGCAGCUCUCCAGCAAGGUUGCCCCAGCCAGGAUCUGGCUGUUUUCCAAAGCCCUUCUAGACCAGAACACAGUGCAGCUCUUCCUCAAGGCCUCCGAGGAGCGGAGGGGAGGCCGGGUCCUGACUCUGCGGAGCCAAGCCCAGCACACAGUGGCCGCCUGGGCAGCCCUGCCCCGUCUUCUGACCCUCGUGGGGGUGCUGAAGCAGAAGGAAGUGCUCAGAGAGGGUACCAUCAAGGUCACCGCCAACUCAGCCAUGCUGGGAUUGCUCUUGCGGGACAAGCAUGAGAGGGCAGGGAACAGCACCAGCGUGCACAGUGUGACCUGCAUCCUUGCCCAGAACAGCAGCCAGGCCUUGCCAGGAGAGCUCCAGUUUAGGGGGCAGCUGCAGGCCCAGACAGGGAGCCUCGGGGGCCAGGCUAGCCUCCGUGCAGACACGGCCAGCCUGGCUCUGGGUGGGGUUUGCACCUGGGGCCCCGGGCAUGGCCAGCUCUCUGGCAGCCUGAGUCACAACAUCAGUGCUUUGAGUGAGGCAGGGCUCUCCUCCCAGGCAGGGAUGCUCCUGUCACACACCCACGUGGCUUCCAAUUUCUCAGUGCGGGUGAUGCUGCGAAGUUCUGGGGGUCAGCUGGAUGCAGCCCUUGGCCUGGAGGGCGUGGCCACCAGCCCAUCGGGCAGCCAGCUCCGAGCCAGCCUCCACCAUACUGUGCCCGGCCUCGGGCGCUGGGGCCUCCCCUUCUCCGUGGACGGCCGUGGACACUUGCAGAGCUCGGGACCCAGUCUGGAGGCGGGGUUGGUCGUGAGCGUGGACGGCGAGGAGCUUGGUGGAGCCCAGGAGAGGAGGGGAGCAGGUGACCACCGGGACCUGACCCUGGGGCUGCAUCCCAGCUUCAUGAGGCUCCAGAAUCCAGCUGUGCUGACACUGAACGGCUCCUUCCUGGUGCACAGCGUUGGGGCCAGCCUGGUGGCUCAGGUGUCGUCUGGAGACACCUUCGCCCGAGCCCACGUCCACUCAGCCUGCGGCCACCGUGCUCACCUGGACACCGGCCUCCAGCAAGCGUGGCCUCCACUUCAGGCACUGGGAGUCCCCCCCAGCAACCACAUCCGCAUGUCCAUGGGGGGAGAUGAAGCCCCCUGGGCCCAGCUGGAGGUGGCCCUGGGCCUGUGCGCCCUGACCGCCCGUGGGGACUUCAGGUCAGAGGCCAGCGCCACACACAACUGGACCCUGGUCCUGGUGAAUCACUGCCCUCUGCUGGAGGCGACAGGAAUCCCGCGGGCCCUGCGCUCAGAGGGCAGCCUGAGCUGGGGCCUCUGCGAGUUUGACCUGACCAUGGACUUCCAUAGUGACCGUGGAGACGCCCACCUGCAGUUGGCCCGUACCUGCGGGCCCCAGACGUUGGUCCUGGGGCACCUGACCCACUCCCUGCCCUUCCUGGGCCGACUGGGCCUGCCACCCCGGAGUGCCAUCAGCCUGACUGUCCAGCCUGGCCCCGCCCACUACAGCUCCCUGUCCCUCCAGAUGGGGCCGUGCCGGCUGCAGGGUGCCCUGGAGCAGCACGCUGAGAACCAGAGCACGUGGACUCUGGCCACCGAGCCAGGCUGCCCGCUGCUGGAGGACCUGGGCCUCCCAGCAGGGACGCAGUUCAGCGACGCCCGGCAGGCCUUGGGUGGGGAAGCAGAAGCAUCAGGGGUCCUUGCAGCAGCCAGCCAGACUGCUUCCUUGACCUUGGCGGUGACCCUGCACCCAUCUGAGGCCACACUCCAAGCAAAACUGAGGCCCACGCUGUCUGCACUGCAUGCCCUUCCCCCGGAGACCUCACUGACCGUCCAGUGUGGGUGGGAGGCCGGGCACCGGCUGCGCCUGGAGCUGCACUCAGGGGCCUGCGAGCUUCAGGGCAGCGGUGAGCUGCAGCUAGACCGCCAGCUGCAGUGGCGGGUGGUGGCCGAGAGCUCCUGCGAGGCCCUGCAGGCCCUGGGGGUCCCAGGCCAAGUCAACGGCUCUGGCUACAUUGUGGUGAACUCCACGGCCGUGGACGCUCAGGUGCUGGUCACCAUGGAUGCCAGCAUGCUCCGGGGGCUGCUUGUCCUCAGUACCACCGAGACCCAGCAGGAGGUAAACUUGCUGCUCACACACAACCUGCCUCAGCCCAACCCCUUGGCCCUCCCAGCCCAGAUCCUGCUAUACCUGACCAACGAGAGGCUCGGGCCCAGCUACAGACACAGCCUGCGGGUUGGAGUGGAUGGCAAAGAGGUGUCCGAGGAGCUGACCUUCACUCGGUGGCCAGAGCACGUCUCCCUGGACUGCAGACUCCAGCACAACAUGCCCGCGCUGCGGACGCUGUGGGUGGAGGACAGGGUGGCCCUUCAGGUCUCCGCGGACGUUGACAGCAGCGGCACUGGCUUUGAGAAUUCAGGACGCAUCUCGGCAGGGUCCACGUCUCUGAACUACUCCGUGAGCUGCCAUCACCGCAAUGGGCGCCUGGAGUUCUCUGGUUGGAGUGAACACAACAGCUGGGCCCUGCGGCAGGCGGGGUUCCCGGGAGAGGCCCGCCUUGGCGCCGAGCUGCAGAGGCAGAAGACCCAGACGCAGGCCUGUGUGGUCCUCCAAGGUGGGGACGGUGGGAUCAGCAUGGACGCGGCAGCCCUGGUGGCCCGGCCAGUGAAUGGCCCCCUAGAGCUGGUGGUGAAUGUCAGCCACACGGCACCUCUUCUUCGGAGGCUGGGCCUGCCCUUUGCCAGCCAGCUCAUGUUCCGGGAGCUCUGGGAAAAGGAAGAGAUGCAUUCUUCCCUGCAGCUGACGUGCGAUUCUCAAACCAGCCUGGUCCUCAACGUCCACGGCCACAGCCAGGCACUCAGCAAAGAGCUGCGGCUCUCCGGCCGGCAUCACCUCCCUGUCCUCCUCGGCCGCUGCCCCAGCAGAGCCUCCGCCUCAGCCAAGCUACGAUACUCCGAGGGUGGAGCCGAGGGCACAUUUGUGUUGAUGGUGGAGGAGCAUCACUUCCACAUGGACGCCGGGCUCACAGCUGCUAAGAACAGCCUUACCAACAUCAUCAAGCUGGAGCAGACCUUCCCCCAGUUCCAUGCCCUUCCUGGGGAGCUGGUCCUUCAGACCUCAUACGAGCGAGCCCGUGACACCUGGGUCCUGCAGCACAUGGUGCUGUGGGAUGGGCGGGGCCUGGCCCUCAAGGGGAGCCUCAAUGGGAGCCUCUCCGGGCCCCUCCUCAAGCCUGCCAGGACCCUUGGUCUGCAAGUGGAGCUCACCCACCCGCUGCCCCUUCCCCUGCCACGGCACUGCCGCUUCCGCCUGACCUCCGAGCAUUCGACACGCCGUCACCAGGAUGACCUGGUCGUGGGCUGGGACGGCAAGGACCAGGUGGCGCUGUCCUCCUCUCUGUGGCUGGGGAAGGGCAAGCUGGCCGCCCGCCUGGCCCUGGCUCACCCCUUCGGCCUCUCCUGGCAGCGGGCCGAGGCCAGCGGCCUUGCUGAGAGCAGGGGCGGCAGGCAGAGCUGGCAGGUACAGCUUGCCUGGAAUGGAGGGCAGCCGCUGGCCUUGCAGCUCACCUGGGCCAACAGGUCCUCAGCGCAGAGCACCUCCUGGGACGGCUGUGUGGUCGCCUCCCCUGGGCAGCUCCAGGAUACCUGGGGCCUGGGUGCCCUCAGGGCCUGUGGGGCCUUAACGCAGACCCCAGCUGUGUUCAGCGAGUGGCUGGAUCUGUCCUGGGACGGACGCCGGGUACAGCAGAACCUGACGUAUGAGAGGCACCAGCCAUCCCUCCCAGACAAGAUUCAUGCAGAGGCCAUGCUGGAGCACGUCCUCGGGGCCCCCUGCCCCACGCAGAGCUUCCGGGGAGACUUGGAGACCGACCAUGCCCACUGGCUGCGCCACUCACUGCAGCUGGGGCUCUGCCACCUGCCCAGAGCCCUCGCGGUCUCCGGGGAGCACACCCUGGGCAGCGGUGAGCUCCUGCUACACUCCAGGUGCCAGCUGGGCCUCGCCCCAGACCCAGAGCACGGCCUGCACCUCAGCCUGAUGCUCCGCAACCACAGCAGGCCCCGGACGCAUGACUACUCCGGGGAACUGGAGCUCCGUGGCCCCAAAGCUCAGUGGCUUGGCCUCCUGGGCCGCGUCUCCACCUUGGCUUCUCGAAGCCUGGUCCAGAUGGAGGGAAGCGUGGCCGACGGAGAUGAGAAAGUGAGGCUGUCAAUGUCUCGGGCCCCAAACUGCUUCCAGGCCUCAGUGGCCCACGAGGAAGGGAGGCAAGAGGAGAGCGUGCUGCUGCGGGCCUGUGCCCACAGGCAGGCGGCGGAAGUGGAGGCCCUGCUCCGGGACCGAGGGCAGCCCGUCCAGCCGCUGGUUCGCCUGACCCUGCAGGCUGCCAACCAGAGCCUCCGCUUGGCUGCACGCGGCUGCCAGGGGACCCUGCUGGACCAUGUGGAGUCCAGGGUAGCUGCUCUCGGGUCCCAGAUGCAAGCCAGGCUGGAGGAGACGAUCCACAGCUUGGACGCCUAUGUGAGAAGGUUCCAGCGCCUGGUGCAGCCAGCGGGCGCCCUGGACGGCCUCGCCAGCCCGCUUCUGCGGCUGUCCAGGCAGUGGCCGCGCUGUGGGGCCUGA